AUGCGUGUCGUUCUCGUCCUUUCCCUCCUGUCCACUGGCAGCGUCCUUGCCAUCAGUCCAGGCUUUCCGUACGGAAGCUCUAAAGUUCGUGGGGUCAGUUUAGGUGGUUGGCUGGUUCUUGAGCCGUGGAUUACGCCGUCCAUUUUCGACAGCACAGGUAACCCUGCCAUCGUUGACGAAUGGACUUUCGGCCAGCUGCAGAGCAGACCAGUCGCUACUGCCGCGUUGACGAAACACUGGGAUACUUUCAUCACGGAGUCCGAUUUUGCGGCCAUCAAGGCUGCUGGGUUGAACCAUGUCCGUGUUCCGAUCGGGUAUUGGGCAUUUGAACUUGAAGUUGGCCCUGGAGAGCCCUACAUCUCUGGCCAGCUUCCCUACCUCAACAAAGCGAUUACCUGGGCUACGAACAAUGGACUGAAGCUCAUUAUCGACCUUCACGGAGCGCCGGGCAGCCAGAACGGAUAUGACAACUCUGGUCAUCGCAUGCCAUACCCGACCUGGCAUACCAAUGUCACCAACGUGCAGCGUACCAGCACUGUCCUCAAAAAGAUUGUCGCCAUGGUUAAAGACAACGCUGCCAAUGUGCCCGCUAUACAAGCCCUCAACGAGCCGGCUGGAUACUUCGGGCCAGACGUCCUUGCGGUCACAAAAAAGUAUUGGGAGGAUAGCUUUUCCAAUGUUCGCUACCCGUAUGGGUCAGCGAGAAAAAGUGACACCGUCCUUGUGAUCGGCGACGCAUUCCAGCCUCUAAGCUAUUGGAACGGUGUGCUGACGAAUCCCAGCUACGAAGGUGUUGCAAUUGAGACCCACAUCUACACGCUUUUCAGCGUGCCUGAGGUGCGGAUGAGUGAACAAGAACACAUCAACACCGUCUGCGGCAAGGGCAGUUCACUCGCUUCGGUCGACAGGUGGACGAUAGUUGGAGAAUGGAGCCCUGCCAUGACCGACUGCGCCAAGUAUCUCAAUGGCCGCGGUAUCGGCUCCCGAUAUGACGGCUCAUAUGAGGGCACCAGCGCGACGCGUGUUGGAAGCUGCGCUGGCUGGAGCGGAUCUGCAUCGACGUUCAGCGCGAGCUACAAGACCUCCUUGAGGAAGUUCUGGGAGGCGCAAGUUAGCAGCUAUGAAAAAGCAGAAGGCUGGAUCCAGUGGACAUGGAAGACCGAAGCUGGGGUCGCUGAGGAGUGGUCGUACAAAUCGGGACUCGCUAACGGUUGGAUUCCAUCCGACCCAACUAAUCUCAUUUAUCCUAACAUCUGCCGCUGA